GUGCACCAAAACGCGCCGCAUCGUUCACUUUUGUUCAUGGUCAACUGCCUUUGUUCACGGUCUUAGAGAUCAUGAACUCACCAUUAGUUAGUUACCUUCAUUUUGGCUCUGGACGCCUCGCGAUUCACAGUCAAGGGUUCCUUUUAAUGAUCUUGCAUGACCGUGAACUUCCUGUGAAAGCUGUCAACUGGCCAUUUUUCACCUAUUCUCCAGGUCUUCGAUCCUUUUCGCCCAACUUUCGACUCCCAGGCUGGUUUGACCAGUUGAAUCCUGAAACACACUAAAACACGAGGAACCUAGCGUAAAACCAACCUUUUAGGAGUGAAAUUAGCACAAACACCUAAGUAAAACGGGGCAAAAUAUGUACAAUUAGGCCCGAAUCAUAUAGUUUAACUCAGUUUUGGAUGUCAAAAUUUAUUCUACCUAAAGUUGUUAUUAGAGGGAUUAAAAAGAUGUGUAGUGAUUUCCUUUGUGGUGUUGGUUCUGGGGAAGGAAGAAAGAAGUAAUGGCUUGGCAGUUUCUUACUUAUCGUAAACAGGAGAUAGGGUUAUGUUUGAGAGAUUUAGGUAGCCUUGUUCUUGUUGUUGUUCCGUUCCUAACAAUUUUAAGACGUUCGACUGCUGCUAUGUCGACUGAACAGAAUAACAUGGCCGGAUCUGGUUCUUUUGAUAUCAAUCAACCCUUUCGCUUCGUUGGAGUCAACUUCCCUCGCUGGAGACAAAAGAUGGAGUUCUACCUGACGACUAAGAAGUUGGCACACUACCUCACCAGCAGGCCCGUCGAGCUGCCGGAAGAAGCGACCGAUGAGGAGAGGGCUGCUUCUGCUAAGGAAAGGGAGCAUGACUUCCUAUGCAGAUAACAAGAACACCAUAAUGAGGAACUGUGAGGCGCUCCAAAAGAAGUACGACACGAAGGAGGCUGGAGCUAAGAAGUAUGCUGUUAGCCGCUACCUGCGCUACCAGAUGGUGGAUGACAAGUCUGUCGAAAUUCAGUCGCAUGAACUUCAGAAAAUAGCUCAUGAGAUCGUCUCUGAAGGUAUGCCUCUGGACGAUCAAUUUCAAGUUGCUUGCAUUAUUGAUAAGUUGCCCCCUUCGUGGAAAGAUUUUAAGAAUAUGCUUAGACAUAAAACCAAAGAAUUUUCACUGGAAAGCUUGAUUACUCGCCUAAGGAUUGAGCAAGAGUCCCGCACGUAGGAUAUGAAAGAAGAGGCGAUGUUCGUCACUGCUAAACGACCGCCCCUAUAGCUCUUAAACCUAACCAGAAAGGGUUUAAGAGUAAGACCCAGCAGGUUCGCCCCCACCAGAAUGGUGCCUCUUGAGGUAACCAAAGGGUCAUUGUCCAAACCUCUCAGAAUGACCCACCGUUUAUCUGCUAUAACUUCGGUAAACCAGGUCAUAUGGAAAAAAGUGCAUGAACAAGCAUAACCCUGUUGCUGCGGCCAGGGUUAACUUGGGAUAAGAGGAUUUGAUAGCCGUGAUCACGGAUAUGAUCGUUAAAGUCAACCUCACCGGUGAAUCAGAAAGAUGGUGGUUGGAUACAGGUGCAUCGAAGCAUGUAUGCAAUAAUCGUGCUAUGUUUAAAACAUACACAGAAGCACCAUUGGGGAGACAUGUAUACCCUUACUAAGAAUGUGAGUUUUGUGGGAAAGGGAUAUGCAUGUAAUGGGAUGUUCAAGUUAAAUGUCGAAACUAAUAAGAUGAAUUCUUCAGUUUACAUGGUGUGUGAUUUGAAUGUUUGGCAUGCUCGUCUUUGUCAUGUGAACACGCGAAUUGUGAAGAAUUAAGCAAGCUAGGACAUAUCCCUAAACUCCCAAUGAAAGAAUUUGAUAAAUGUGAUUUCUGUAGCCAAGCUAAAAUAACGAAAACGCCUCAUAAAGCUGUGAGUAGAGAAUCAGAACCCUUAGAUCUGAUUCAUUCUAAUAUUUGUGAACUAGAUGGGACGUUAACUAGGUAUGGCAAGAGAUACUUUAUCACUUUCAUAGAUGAUUGCUCUGAUUAUUGCUUUGUUUAUUUGAUGAAAAACAAAAGUGAAGCCCUUGAUAUGUUCAAGGUGUUUGUGGUUGAAUUUGAAAAUCAGUGCAAUCGAAAGAUAAAAAGACUUAGGAGUGAUAGAGGAUCAGAGUAUGACUCUAAUCCCUUCAAGGAAUUCUAUAGCUCACAUGGUAUCAUUCAUGAAACCACGACACCAUAUUCACCAGAAAUGAAUGGUAAAGCUGAGCGGAAAAAUAGGACGUUUAGAGAAUUAGUUGUCGCUAUUAUGCUUAAUGAUAACGUCGUAUUUUCACAUAUUGCACCCUCGUUUCUUGAUCAUUUUAGCUUGAGUUUUUACCAUCUUGGACUAUUUUAUGCUAGGUUGUGUUCCUUUGUCACAUUGCAGGUCAUAGCAUGUAAAUUGGAGCAAAGACGCAAGUUUCAAGUCAAUCGGAAUUCAUUUGGCAAUUCGGGAGAAGAAACACGAGCAUGACCUGAGGAAUAAUGGAUUUCUACCUCAUUUUAUGGACUAAUAAUCAUGGAAGUUUGUUAUGAAAAGAAAGAGGAUGAGACUACGAGCUUCUGGGUUCAAACGGCGACUGAUUUGGAGUCCAGACGAGGGAGAAACAAAGCAAUAAAAAGGAA